GUCAUCAGUUCUGUGACAAGUGGGCCCUGCUCACAGACCCUGGUGAUAUCAGGAUUGGCACGAAGGGGUAUCUGAAGUGUGACAUCAGCGUGAUUGGGAAAGGCGACAUCUUAAAGACCAACCCGAAAAUCUCCGAUGCUGAGGAACAAAUAGAAAAGAACCUUUUGAUCCCUCAAGGGUUUCCAUCAGAGAGACCCUGGGCCAGAUUCUAUGUGAGACUCUACAAAGCAGAAGGGUUGCCCAAGAUGAACUCCAGCAUCAUGGCGAACGUCACCAAAGCAUUUGUGGGUGACAGUAAGGACCUCGUGGAUCCCUUCGUGGAGGUCUCCUUCGCUGGGCAGAUG